AGAACAGCUGAGUGCCACUGUGGCCCCUCUGAGACUGUGCCAUGGCCACCAAUUUGUCUUGCAUUUUCCCAGCACUGCAUUUUUUUGGGGUCUUGGUGCUAUUGCUGUGCCCUUCCUGCUUGUGUGACUGCGACAUGUUUCCUAGCAUUGCCCAUGGAUCCUAUGAAGAUGUGAGUCCAAUUUUUUCCUUUACUACUGUGGUGCAGUAUAAAUGUGAUGAAGGAUAUAUUCUGGUUGGAGAAGAAAAAAUCACCUGCAGAAAUUCACAUUGGUCAUCUCUAGCUCCUCAGUGUAAAGCUCUAUGUCUGAAACCAGAGAUAAAAGAUGGAACUUUGUCUCUGGACAAGUAUAAGUAUGUUGAGUCUGAAACUGUCACUGUCCAGUGUGACUCUGGCUAUAGUGUGGUCGGCUCUCCGAGUAUCAUCUGCUCAGAGAACAGAACCUGGUACCCAGAAGUGCCCAAGUGUGAGUGGGAAGUUCUCUCGGGCUGUGAACAAGUACUCGCAGGCAGGAAACUCAUGCAGUGUCUCCCAAGUCCAGAGGAUGUAAAAAUGGCCCUGGAGGUGUAUAAACUGUCUCUGGAGAUUGAAAGAUUGGAGCUACAGACUUGAAGUGGAGCACCAGUCAAAAAUCAGUACAUCUAUUUCCCCUCUCUUCCCCUUAAAAACAGAGAAUUAGGUACAUUUCCCUUAUUAGCAACUCUACUGGUCCUUAAGUGCUAUUAUUUACUGAAAAAAUACCUGUGUUAGAAGAAUCUUUGAAAUUUUUGAUGCCACUGCUAAUGUGGAACUAUUGGUGGUUUAUAUCCUAUCUCAUUUUAAGCUUCUGCUUCCUUAGGUUUGGUGGAAUGGCAAAAAUAAAUAAUCACCUGUCAAAAAUGCAGUAUCUUUGUUUUCACUUUGAUUCCCUUGGAAUGAGAAAUUAGGGCCCUAUAUCAAUCACUUCCUGAUGCUUCUCAAAUUAAUGCCUCUUUUCUAUUUUCAUACUGGAGCCUUGUCUGAGCUGUAUUUACACUACAUCUUCACUUCCUACUCACCCUUCAGUGCCCAGGUCAAAUAUUACGUCUUCCUCCGUCUUUUCCUUUCUCUUUCUAUUGAUUACCAAUAUUUUCUCUGGAACAACUUCUCAGUUCCUCUUUAUAUUUAAGGUAUAUUUGGUUUUGCUUGACAUACACUCCAUCCAAUAAUAACCAGCUUGGAUGCCUUUGAAAGCCUGUGUGAAACCCAAGUAUUCUUCUUGAGCAUGUCCAAGUCUUCCCAUCCAGUGUGAUCACUCUUUUCUUUAAUACUUCAACUAAAAUAGCUUUAGUGUCUCUUUUAGGACAGAUUUUCCAGAAGCAGACCCUGAGAAGAGAAUUUGUGUGAAAGUAAUUUAUUAAGGAACUUCUCCAAGUUCUCAAAGGAGAAAUGGGAAAAGGAGUAAGGUAAGCAGGAUGGGACAGGGAAGGCACGUAGUAGGGUGACCAGGCAAAGUCGAAGGAGGGUGGCUUAACCUUGACCCAGAAGGGAACCCUGGACUAUAAGUUUGUGUACAUUUUGUCCCAAUUCCAGGUAAAGGAACUGGGCUUUCAUUCUGCUGUGCCAACCAGUUAUUGGUUAUCAUGAAGGCACAUGAGCCCCCAGGGCAUCCAACUCUUUCUGUGUGACUACAAAGCUGACUUGCAGCCUGAGGGGAGUCCUCCCAAAAGAGUGGAAGUAUAACCCUAAGAAACCAGAGUACACAGAAGCCUGCAGAGUAGAGCACAGAAAUGGUAAAAGGUCUGAGGGCCUGGGUAGAGCUUUCAAUGCUUAUCCCACACGUGUUAUUCUUAUAUCUCUGGAUAUUCUGGGGAGCCUUAUAAUUUCUUAUGGUCACCUCUUCUUCCAUUUUUUUGCCUCCCCAAAUGUCAUUCUCACUCAUGCUUACUUAGCUACUAUGGCUGGCCUCUGGUUCUUCACUGCAUCUUGAUCAAUUAUAGAGAACAUCACCUCUUUUCUUUGAUUUCUUCAAAAUAGCAAUCACAUAAGAUAGUUGCAUAGCAGACUUUUACUAACG